AUGUCACUCAAGUUAUACGGCCCAUCAACUAAUCCUAGACUUAGUCAAGUCAUCUAUAAUGCAGUUAGAGUUGGAUACUAUCUAUGCGAAUCAAAGGAACAUUUGCCAAGAAACCCAUUUGCUAAAAUUCCUGUCAUUGAAACAAAUGAUGGAUUCCUUUAUGAAAGCAAUGCGAUAUGUAGAUAUCUUGCUAGAUCAAAAUUAGAAUCAGGAUUAUAUGGAGCUACUCCCUUCUAAUAAUCAUAGGUUGAUUAAUGGAUUGAUUGGACAGUAAAUGAAUUAGAUCCAAAUUUCAUGACUACAUUCCCAUAAUUAUGGGGACAUUAUCCAGUCAAUUUAUCACGAUUAAAUCCAUAACUCAAAGAUAGGCAUAAGACUAAAGAAGUCAAAGGUUAAAAGUUAAAAAGAGGAUUUAAAUUCCAAGAAUUAAGAAUAUCGAAACAUUUAAAUCGCUUCAUAUAAACAAAAAAAACACCAAAAGUCCCACUCUAAAGGUUGAAUUUAAUAUGA